AUGAAUUGUGCAAUCUGUAUGACUACAUCAUCUAUUCCAUAUCAUUGUUGUACUAGUGAUAAACAUUGUUUAUGUGAAUCAUGUUGUAUUAAUAUAAUAUCAUCGAUUAUUAAUAAUGGUAAAAUAGCUUUAUUAUUAAGUAAUAAAAUACCUUGUUAUAUUUGUAAUGAAAAAUUUCAAUAUAACGAUCUUCCACAAAAUCUUCAAUCCGAUCUUAAUAAUAUUCUAUUAACUAUACCAAAAACAUCCAAACAACCACAAUCAAUUCAAGAAUUUAAUUAUUAUUAUAACGAAUUCAAUCAAUUACGUCAUUGUAUAACAAAUAAAAAAUUUAUUUUUCUUACACAACGUCAUUAUGAUUUACUUGGAAAAGCUAUUGAAAUUUAUAUUCAAACAUUAAUUAAAAGUAAUCCAUGGAAUUAUGAAGAAAUUUGGUUACCAAUUAAUGAUAAUAAUCAAAAUCGACAAAAAGUUAAUAUAUUUAUUUCAAAUGAUUUUCGAACAAAUACUAAUGGAUGUUUGAUAUUAAUUCAAGGUUGUGGUGUUGUACGUGCUGGUCAAUGGUCACGUUCAUGUUGUAUUAAUGAAUCACUUGAUAUUGGAGGUAUUGAUUAA